CUGUUAUCUGAUAUAUCCAGAUGCUGGGCCCACAAAGACACAAUCUUUUCUUGCAAUGAUAUAUGGACACAAAAAAAAUAAAUAAAAUGAUAUAUGGACACCACAAAAUUUUCAUAAUUAUCCAUUCAAAAGUCUCAAACUUUGUUCCAGAAAAAAAAAAUGCCUGAACUUCCCAAAUAAUUAAAAAUAUAAACAAAACUAAAAUGAAUAAUUUGUACUUGAACACCACUAAUACCUUAACCUCUCCAAUAUCCUUAAUCCAUCCUCAGAUUACUGUCAGAAAAUGUGAAGAAAAUGUGAAGCAACAACAGAGGAGGACUAUUUUUGCACUACAUGCAGCAAAAUCUGGUGGCUUCACAUUGAAAUCAUGUCAAGAAUGUAAAGGCCAAGGUGCAAUUGAAUGUCCAGGGUGUAAGGGAACUGGGAAGAACAAGAAGAAUGGGAAUAUUUUUGAGAGAUGGAAGUGCUUUGAAUGCCAAGGUUUCGGGCUGAAGAGCUGUCCGGUUUGCGGCAAAGGAGGAUUGACACCCGAGCAACGAGGAGAAAGAUAAUGAAAUAAAUCAACAUUUAAAAAAAAAAAUAAAAUUAUGGAUAUUCUAUUUCCUUCUUUUUUUUUUUAUAUAUAUAUAUUUCAUAAAUGUCAUGAGAGUGUGAGAUUGUAAAAUUAUAUAGUUAAUUUGUUAUAGUUAAUUUCCAGUAUGAGCAUUUUUUUCACAAUUUACUUCACUAAGAAUGAAAUGAAAUACGUCUUAUUUUGACAUGAAUUUGUUUACCUACAAAUUAUUAAUGUGUAACCAGUAAUUGCCAAUUUAUGCGAAAUUCUUAAACUUGAUUUGACUCGUCUCAAAAACAAUCUCAUUAAACUCUUAAAUCAUAUAGCUCGAUGUUACUUGUUCGAUAGUCGUGUUAAUGUCUAUUACAUAAUUUUCUUUUAUAACAAAUAUGCAUAAAUUUCGCAGGCAUACCACUCAAAAUAUUUGAAAGAGUCAAAUUAUAAAAUUAAAUGACAUAGUAACAAAUUUGGUAUAAUAUGCAAGAAUUUUGACAAUGUAAGAGCUGUAUAAUAAAAAUAGAAACUCCUAAUUCAAGGGAAAUUUUGACCUUUUUUAUUUAUUUAUUUAUUUA